GUUUAUGAAUAAAGUUAUAUCUGUGAAAUCAUCGCAGCACCAAAUGACCUUUAUUUUUUAUAUCCAACAAUGUAAACGUAAAAACUGACAAUGCAGCAGAUCAUUUUACAAAAAUUCUUAAACUCUCCUGUCCUUGUCCUUAUGGAAGACGAUUAUCUUAUUGCAUUGGAAUUGUUUACGUCAGAUAGUCUAUCACAUCUACGAGCGUUUCCAUCAUGCGAGGUUUUUUGCAAGGAAUCUUCGAUAUCAUUUGGUAUCGCCAUUCUGAACUACUCCUGCCCUAGGUUUAGACCUGUUAGUGGCAUAAUGACAUGCAUCAAUGCAAUGCUGAUGAUUAUAUUUGUCUAUGGCUCGGUAGGCCAAAAAAUCAUGUGGGCAUGCGGCAUUAGUGAAAGCCUAAAUCCAAUAAUGUUAACCUGGACAUAUUACUAA